CUUAGUUUGAUUGGAAUAUGAAUCUAGGGCAUUCUAUUUCACCAGCAAUUAUAAACCUUACGAACCCUAAUUUACCUUCUUUUCUUAACCGUACUCGUCUCAAAUUUCCCUCUUCCUCUUACCACCACCAACCCUACUCCCAGCACCUCCACCACAGUAUGCACCCCUCAACUCUCCUCUCUCAUCCCCCAGCUAACGAAAGACCUAACUGAAUUGAAUAGCGCUGACUGCCAUCAUGCGACAACCCAAUUUUCCUUUUUUAGUUUUUUAUAUGUUGUGAAGUGGGAGUCCCGUUUCAUCCAUUGCUGUGAUUUUUCAUAGAGGAGAGAAUCUAUUUCAGGUCAUUUUGUUUCAUGACUGCUUUUUUUCAAGAGCACACAACCAUGAAGCUGAUUGCACUUGCCAGAUCUAUUCGAUCUCGUCCAACUCUCCCAGAAAUAACCGGACCUUUGCAGUUUCGUGCUUUUCAGCCAAAUUUUGUUCCGAGAGAUCCUAAAGCCAAGCCCAUUAAGUACAAAUAUCCAGCAUUCUAUGAUCCAUAUGGCCCAAGGCCCCCACCCUCUGAUAAAGUUGUUCAACUUGCUGAGCGCAUUGCUGCAUUGACUGUUGAUGAACGCAAGCAACUUGGAUCUGCUCUUACUGAGCGGCUGAGGCAUCCAAAAUUGCAGCCAAUUUCAACAGAAGGUAUGGACUUGGGUCCGGGGGGAGGGGCAGCUACUGGAUCUGCAAAAGUAGAGGAAAAGAAAGAAAAGACAGCUUUUGAUGUGAAAUUGGAGAAGUUUGACGCAGCUGCAAAAAUCAAGGUAAUUAAAGAAGUGAGGGCUUUCACUAAUUUGGGUUUGAAGGAGGCUAAGGACCUUGUUGAGAAGGCACCUGUACUACUUAAACAAGGGGUCACCAAAGAAGAGGCAAAUGACAUUAUAGAGAAGAUAAAAUCCGCUGGAGGAGUUGCAGUUAUGGAAUGAAAAUGUCAAGUCACUUUGUACCAGCUUUGUUUUAUGUUGUAAGUGGUGACUUCUGUUGUCAACACAAUGGUGUAUCAGACAUAUUCCCAAUGAAUUUUGCCUUGUUAAAUGGCCAGCGAUUUUAUAGAGAUUUGAAGAAACAAUUAGAUUUCA